AUGACAGCGAUGACGAUUCCAACUACUAGCAGAACUGCAAAAACAAUGCCGAGAUAUGCACCCCAUGGCCACUUGUCAUGCUUUGAUGUUUUUGCAGCAAUAUCUGGUCUACUAGCAGCACUUGUGGAAGUUUCAGUUGGAAGAAGUGCGUUCAGUAAACAGCCAUAGACUUCCACACGCAUAAAAAUGUCCUUACUCCAGCUCUGAGGUAGAAAUCUGAUGAACCGAGAAGUGACUGUAUGUGCUAGAGUAUUUCGUACCACAGUAUCCGAGUCGUAGUUUCCAUUGAAAACCUAGAAAAUGUCAAACAGCAACUUCAGUUUGGCUUGUGCAGGGCUAUCAUUAAUGGCCGGGGACUGGGGAUUUCCUCCAGCUCCUAUGAAGGUGACCCCAGUGGCUACUUUCAUAAAAAAUUAUUAUUAUUUUUAUUAUUUUUAAUUAUUUAUGUUUUUUAGUUUUUAGUAUUGACAGCAGAAGAACCCUAGUCAGGGGCUGUUAUGAU